AUGCAUGAUUGUAGAAACAUGUAUUAUUUGGAUCUCUUUGGUGUGAGUAUGAUCAUGCCUCUCAUUCUGCCACACGCUCAAGAUAUUGGGGCGUCUCCAACACUGGCAGGUCUUAUAGGGUCAGUGUAUGGUGGAAUUCAGCUGUUUAGCAGUCCAUUAGUUGGAAGGUGGAGUGACAGAGUAGGGAGACAGUUCAGCUUGUUUCUUUGUUUAUUGCUGUCAGGAUGUGGCUACUCUAUACUUGGACUUUACUCGUCUUUGGUUGUAUUGUUUGUUGGACGUUUCGUUUUAGGUUGUUUCAAACAUAGUCAGACCAUUUCUAAAGCAUUCCUUGCUGAUAUUGGAGCAGACCAUGAACGUUCAGCUUUGCUGGGAAACUUUAAUUCCUUUUCAAACAUAGGUUUUGUUGUGGGCCCCAUCAUUGGCGGGCAUCUGGCGGAAAUUAGCUUUAGCCUCGCCGCAUUUGCAGCUGGGAUUGUCUUCAUAGGAAAUGCAGUGUUGAUCUGGUUCACUGCCGGCUAUGAUAUAUCCCUGGAGGCAGAGGUAUAUCACCCAGAAAUAGCCCUGAAGAAAGAUGACAACAUAAUACAAAAGAAACCGGUCCAUGAUGACGUCAGCUUUAGCUUCAGUCACCUGGUGCCAUUGUUCAGAGACUUUGACUGGGCUGAGCUCUGGGAUUUGUUUCUUGUCAAGUUCUUCGCAGGAUUUUCAGUGAUAAUAUUCCGUGGCAACUUCACAAUGGUUUUGAAGGAGAAAUUUGAAGCAGGCCCUAAAGCCAUCGGCUACAUAACUUCAUACAGUGGAGCAGUGGCUACCUUGUCUGGUUUUCUUGUAGGCAAAGUCACGGAAAGGUACAACAGUACAGCCCAGCUGCUCCUUCAUGUAACCAUUCUUCAAGUGGUCAGCUUACUGUGCUUAACUCUCUCCACAUCUAUAUACCUGAUAUUUGUCUUUCUCACUCCCCUAAGCAUCGUGACCUCCGUCUCAAGGGUAGCUGGCGCCACCUUGACAAUAAGUCGAAGCGGGGAUGCAAACAUAGGCUCUAUCAUGGGUCUCAGCCAGAGUGUGAUGGCUGUAGCUAGAAUGUCUGCGCCAUUUUUUGCAGGCAUAGCUCAGGAGUACAGUAUAGACGGUGCCGCGUUUAUUAGUGUCAUAUCUGCAGCUAUUAGCGUUAUUAUUAUGUUAGUACGUCCACAAGACCCAAAGGUCAGGCACAAAUUACUAGCAGACUUUCAAGGUGUUCUACAUCAACAAUGA